CCGGUCGGACAGUGACGUUACCCGUGCCUGAAAUAGCGCCGGGCCGGGACAACACGAGCAGACGGGACAGAGACACUGGGCAGGGCGGACAGGCAAGGCAACCGCCGUGAUUCACUGUGUUUUGGGCCGACUGGGAAGCUUCCUUCAACACAGGAUACCGUUAAAAUCUGGACUGACGUUAUCGGAGAGGUAGUACAGCGCCCAGAGAGCCAGGGAGACCAUGUCGCAAUUUGGGGCACGCCGCUAUCGAUUUUAACCACGAGAGAAAUUCUGUUGUUUCGUAGUCAGACGGCGGUGUGUGGCGACUGUCAAGGUUUUGGUGCACAAUCUACAUAUUUUUCUGGGACAGCCAUGGAUACGGUGACUUCCGCGAGUACCGGACACCGGCACAACCUGAAGCAGAGGUUCUCGGUGUUACAGAACCUGGGACAGGGAACGUACGGGAAGGUCAAGCUGGCCGAGGAGAAGAAGAAGGGGAAGAAGGUUGCCAUCAAGACCAUCCGCAAAGACAAGGUCCGAGACAGCCAGGACAUGGCACGGAUCCGGAGAGAGAUAGAGAUCAUGAUGUCGCUCAAGCAUCCGCAUAUUGUGGAGAUAUUGGAAGUGUUUGAGAACAAGGAGAAGAUAGUGCUAGUGAUGGAGUUUGCAUCAGGAGGGGAGCUGUAUGAUUACAUUAGUGAACGACAGAGACUGACAGAGACGGAAGCUCGCAGAAUUUUCCGGCAAAUUGUCUCAGCUGUCAACUACUGUCACAAGAAUGGUGUGGUUCAUCGUGACCUGAAACUGGAGAACCUCCUACUUGACCAGCAGAACAGAGUCAAGAUUGCAGACUUCGGCCUGUCCAACAUGUACAGCCAUGACAAGUUACUGAAGACAUUCUGUGGCAGUCCGCUCUACGCUUCCCCCGAAAUCGUCAACGGCAAGCCAUACCAUGGUCCUGAGGUGGACUGCUGGAGUCUGGGUGUAGUGCUGUAUGCCCUGGUGUAUGGGACCAUGCCGUUUGAUGGUAGUGACUUCGGCUCCCUGACCCAGCAGAUCUCCAGAGCACAGUACUUUGAGCCAUCCCAACCCUCAGAUGCUGCAGGGCUGAUCCGCUGGUGUUUAACGGUGAACCCGAAGCGGAGAGCCACCAUUGAUGACAUCAGGCACCACUGGUGGGUGUGUGCAGAGUAUGAGGAGGAGAAGCCCAUGAAGAUGAGUUCCCCCAUCAGCCAGUCCCUCCCUAACUCCAACUGGAUCGAGGAGGCCAGGCAGGACUUCAACGUCAGCCUCAAGCUGUCCGAGCAGCCGUGGAGAAACAACCACGCGGCUCCCGAGAAAACCACCAUCCAAAAGUGCAAUGACCUUCAUGUCAACGUCAAGAACAUGAAGUCUCGGAUCCCCCGGCCCGUCAGGACUGUGUUGCCGCCCCAGCCAAAGAAGGGGAUCCUGAAGAACCCAGGAACCGACUCUCCCACCUUGUCUGUGAAGUCUACCCCGGGGAGUAAACCUCGGAGUCUGGCCACCCCAGCUCGCAAGGCGCUGAGGAAGAACCGUGAGUCGGGAUACUACUCCUCACCUGAGAGGAGCGAGUCAGCAGACGGGCUCCAGAAGGGCAAGAAGCCAACUCUAGCCCAGAACAAAAACGGUGCGAAACCGAAGGGAAUUCUGAAAAAGAACGGAAAGUACUCCAGUGCCCCCAACACCGGGGAGUGUAGUAAGGUUACAGACGUUGCAAACAGGCCUGCGAGCGCGGAAGGUUGUUUAUCGGACAAGAGCGGGACAGAUAAGGAUAACAGGCCCUCCAGUACGUACAGUGAAGAGAGUUUGUUGUCAGAUGAGUCGUUCGACAUUCUCAGUCCAGGUUCAGGUCCGCCGUCCUCAGAAACCCUGGACAUGGAUGAUGAUGGGGAGGAUAACACGUGGAGGCUGUGUCAGGACGAGUUUGAAUUCCACAGCCCCAGACAGGACUCCCCUCUGAGGAAAAACAACAGUCGCUUUGGCCACGAGCUCGAGGAACUCUACCAGCAAGCAUUGGACAUAUGUAAGACGAUAGGUGACAAACCAAAAUGAUUCUCGCCUACUCGACAAGACAUAGAGAUUUGUGGAAAAUGGUGGACAGAAUUUGGUUGUCUAAAAUCGGUUAAAGUGUCUUAAAAAUGUGCAACCUAAGCGGUGACAGCCCUUAAGAUUGUGGCUGACCAGCUUAUUGUGAUUGAAACAAGAAGUUACUUCACUAAACAUGACAUUUAUGACAUUGAUUCUCUACCAUUUGUGCAGGUUGCUUUGUUGAAUGACCUUGCCAUACUUGAACUAAGAUAGGUUUUGUACAUGACAUACAUACCCAUGACAUUAAUGUCCAUACUGACAUGUAGUUAAACAUCUUGCUUCCAAGAAGUACCAGAAAUCUAACAGUUUAGAAUUCUGACCUGUCACACAUAAAUAGUUAGCUUUAUCAGACCUACAUGUACCUGUACAAAAUAUGCUUUCAGAAAGAAGGGGAGGAUGUCAUGAUAUAUGGACAUAAUAAGAUUAUUUUUAAGAAAUGACGACUUAGUCCCUAACAGUUACAUGUGUACCUCUCAACUCGGUCAGCUUUGGUAAAAUUGCUUAGAUAUGUAAUGGAACCAGUUGGAACACAAACAUGCAGAUACCUCAAAGAGUGACCUACAAUUUCAAAGCUUUCAGUGAUCGCUAGUAUGAGAAAUUCUACUGGAGUAAGGGUAUCUAAGUAGGGGAUGGCCUCCUACUUUCUUCCUGGACUAGAUAAUGAAUCACGUCUAUCAUCGUGGUUAAUACUAAUUUGAUUAGCUUUUGUCUAAUGUAAUUUGUUGCCUUCCAUAAACUUAUUUGUGUGCAAAUGUGGGCAGUGUGUCAUGCCACAGUGCUAAGUUGUCAAAAUCUUCCUAAUUGUGAGAAACGGAGCAUUAGAUGCCCCAAAUUCAGUUGCAAAUGAUGUUCUUUUCAAUGUUUUUUUGUCAAUACUUAUGUUGAAAAGAUGUCUACAGUUUCAGCUGUUUAUUCGUACAGAGAAUUCUGUAUUAUGAAGAUCCUAAAGUUAUGAAACAUUUAUUUAAGAUUUCAUUCCAGGUUUAUAUGUUGACUUUCUGGUUAUAAACCAAGAGAGUGAACAUGACAGUUGCAUUGUGUUUGUCUUGUAGGAAAUCAAGUCAGGCAGAACAAGUGCUAAAUUGAUCUUUUUUCCUGUAAAAAAAGUGGAAACUGAAAAGGCAUCCUUCAGUGCAGUGGUACUCCAAAAAGUUCUAAUGUCUACUUUUGCCAUCUUUACAACACAGUCACAGAUUUAUAAAAGGUAGUCUUUAUGAUGCUUUAUAUUGUUGAUUUCACCACAUUGCAGGGAUGUGAGGUGAAGGUGUGAACAGUUCACUUGCUAUUAGCCACCAAAACAUACCAGUCUGUCAGUAUGUUUGACUGUCAGCAUGUGCCCAAACAUUCCUGACUGGCUAUUUCCUGUGUAAGAGUCAUCUGUCAGUCAUCCAGGUCAGAGGUCAGCUUCCAGAUGGAACACCAGUGGAGAUCUGUUUCUGGCAGGGAGCUGCAGCUGACUCUUGUUCUGAUUUUGGUCGGGCAACUCACCAACAUUGUUGGAGUCAUACAUGUAACAUACCAUACCGGGUUUUGUGUGGUGACAUCACAAAGCUAUCUCCAGUUUUUAGACAUUGUUCAUCACAUGACUGUCUCCAUCUCUACAUUUUUAUCGGUCCCUACCCCAUGUUGUUAAUUUUUGUUGUUAACUCUGUCAUUUUGUGCUUGCAAAAACAAAUCGUCAUCCAUUUCAUGUCCUGAAGUUCACAUUUUGGACAGAAUGGUGGAAUUUUUUGCCUCUCAUGACAAGUAAAUUUCCGUCCCAGGAAAGGGGGACGGGUCCUGGAGACAGUCCUUGUUUAUCGACAAUGAAACUACGGUACCCUGCAAUCUGCUUGACUUUUCAGUUGUAGAGCUGUGACGACUGUGAAACUACGAAAAUUCGUAUUUAUGUUUUCAAAUGAACCAUGGUUUACAUUGUGCUUAUUAUUUAUAUUGGAGAUGUUAAUGAUUGUUAAGAUUUAAAGGGCAUGUUUCCUCUUCAGAAGAGGUGAAACUGUGACCUGCAAUUUGUGCUUGUUUAUUUGUUCUGCUAAGAAUGUGUAAGAUAUACUUGUGUUGCAGAAAUUAUACACCUAACAUUCCCAGGCAAAGGCUUCUGGCUAUUCACAAAUAAACAGAAUGGUUCUGUUGAACAC